GGCUUUCUUACGAUGUUAUGGGAAUUACCCAACAAAAAAGGUUAUUAAUAAGAGCUAGACGCUUUUUGCGUCUGUUUUCUACAAAAAAAAAAGUAAGAAAGAACACGAAAACUCUUCUCACAUCCUCCCAUAUCUCAGAUUCUCUCUCCGCUUCCAUUUCCCGACUUGCCCCUUUCUCUAUUUUCUCUUUUUUGGAAACAACAUGGGGAAAGGAGAAAGAGACAACGGCGGCGAAUGACGCCCACGACAGUAAUGGCGGAGAGAUAGAAGCAUUUUUGGGUUUCGACCGCGAGAAGGAAGGGGGAAAAAGACAGAGUCGGCCGGCGGCGGUGAGAGUUAGGUGUUUCUCGGGUUUGCAUGUCACAUUUUUUGAAUUUUCCAUAUCUAAUUUUUAUUUUUGUUUGGAAAUUUGGGGUUUCUAUUCGAGGAGAGGAGAAGGAGCAAGCUCUGGUGAUUUCAACGCCGAUGACGGCGCCAGUGUCGGGGAAAACGCCGACUGCAGCGGUGUGCAAUUAGGGUUUUCGAUUAUGGAAGAAGUAAAGAAGGCAGGGGGAAUGGAAGGAAAAGAAGGCCUUCGGGCGCCCUGAGUUUCACUGGUGGCGAGAAUGACGACGAAGGUUAAAUCUCCUUUUGCCAAGAAGAAAAGGAGAAGAAGCAGAGAUUUUGAAGAGGGAUUGUGUUAUGUUCUUGGUGUUGUCUGUUUGUGGGUUUUGAGCCAGAAGAAGAAGAAAGAGCAAGUAAGAAGAAAAUAGGGUUUACUUUCAUGGACCCGAAAGUCUAUACAAAACUGGAGAAGAAAGAAUAGUGAGCAGAGACGUGGGAAAGAAGAAAAAGGCUCCCUCUUCUCUGUACCCCCAAAGCUCUCUUUUAUAAUAGAGAAACACACUAUAGCUUAGACUUGUGGUGUAAUUUGAUUGGCUUUGAGGGUAGUAGUCUUUCUGUACUUUUCUGAUUGGUUUUUUUGAGUUAGUAGACCCUAUGUUGGAUUGGGCUUGGUGGGAGUUGAUUUUGGGUUUUAACUUAUGUUGACUAGGUUUGACCAGUUGACUUUGGCCUUUGACCUGGAUUGGUCCCUAACUUGUAGACUGGCAUUGACCGUGGGCUUUGGGUUUGACUUGACCCCAAUUUUUGUAGACAAGAUUUGCUAGUUGACUUUGGGCUUGAUCUAGGUCCUUUUAUUUUGUACAAUUGCAAUGAAUUAUAAUUGUGUGAGG